UUGAGCAAGUGGUUGUUUACUUGUCAGAGGCGAUAUAAAAAAACAAGUAAUAAUUUUGAGACAAAGUAAAUUGUCCAUUAGUAAAUUACUAUUUAGUGUUUUUCAUUAUUAUUAUUUUAAAUUUAAAUAAACAUUUCAAACAAUGGGUCCAGGUAUAUUAAGGCGUCAUGUUUUUCGAUUUUCUGUGUUAAUAAUUCUCUACUUAUUGCUAAGUAUUAUACUUCCACUCGUUAUUAUUCUCCUCCUACCUGCACUAAUUUUGCGAUGGAUUGUCACCCGUUUAGCAAAGUUAGUAAGGCCAUUCGGAUUAGGCAAGAUGCUCACCACAUUAUCCAGUUCGCACGGCAUCAACGAAAACUGGUCCACCAUCGUGAUAUCCUGCAAACUUCAAGGUAUCCCAGAUUUGGAAUACAUAAUAGCUGAGUUCACAACUAAAAUUCUAGAAGCUAAGGACUCAAACGGAACGUUACUUUACCCUGAGCUCAAACAGACAAUUGUUCCUUGGUGUGGGUUUCUUUUUUGGAAAGAUGUGCAAAAUUUCAACUUGCCAAUCCACACCAACUCCUUCAGAAACCAUGAUGGCAACGAUGACCUCAACUCUUCCACUGGUACGGAGUUCCUACGCACACUGGUCAAUAAACCCUGGGAAUUUGGGUGUAAACCAGUGUGGGAAGUGAUCAUCCUUCCGGGAAAAAGUGAUUUUGACAUGAUAGUACGUUACCAUCACGCACUCAGUGAUGCUUAUUCCAUGCUUAAGUUACUGGAUAAGAUCAGCAACCCCAAACUUAUCGACCAGAUACUGCAGCCAAAAACGUGUGCUACAAAAACUAAGAGAUUACAAAAUUGGGCUAAAACCCUGGUUAAGAUCCCGUAUGAUGUUGCCUUGUAUUUGGAAGCUUAUCUUAGAACUUGGCAUACUCCAGAUAUAUUUAAUCCUACUUGCACUCCUUCGUUGACCGGAACUUCUACAUUUGCACAAAAUGUAUCCUCGCUAAGUGUUUCAGAAAUGAAAAAAUCAGCGAAAGCUCGCGGUGUUUCUUUUACCACGUUAGUAUUUAGUAGUUUGACCAGUUCGAUAAGACGGUUGAUUUUGAAAAGAGAUGGCAAAGUUUCAGGAAACAUAAUUCUCCAUUUUCCUAUGCCUGUUCCUAAUCACCCUAGAAAAUUAAGAAAUGCGGGGACAAUGGGAUGGAUUGAACUUCCAAUCCAGGAAAUUGAUCCGAGCACCAGGAUUAAGCUAAUUGAAGCCAACCUCAGCAACUUGAAAAAUUCUACGAUGCCCUUUCUAAUGACAAUUCUUGGGUCACUGUGGGGUGCACAGAUUUCAAUAUUUUUGAGAUCUGUAAUCAAUACGGGAUCAAAGGGAAGAACGGUCCUAUCAUUUACAAAUUUUAUGUUCAAUAGCUCCCCCGUAUCCAUGUUUGGACACCCUCUGGUACAAAUUUAUGGGUCCCCGUUAAAUACAGCAGGCAGCAAGGUUGUGCCUAUUGUCAUGAUCACCAGUGAAGAUAGUGCAAGGCUGGCUAUAACCGGUGACUCGGGUAUCUUGGAAGAAAAGAUGGCUCAUGAAAUCUUGGCUGAAUUUGGGACGAGUGCAUACAAUGUGAAUUCAAAAUUGAUAGAAGAUAACUCUACAGGCCGAUAUAUAAAAAUAGAUUUAACUUGAGCAAGAAACGUUUAUUGAACACGUGAACCUGCGCAUAAUACAAUUUAGUACUUGUGUAUAUAAUCUCAGCUUGUUAUUGUAUCUAGUCUUGCAAAAAACUUUCAUUACAUUUAAAACCUACAGUGCAGACUCCAUAUAGCCCGAGUCAGGGACAUAGUCCCUGACUCAAUAAGUCAGAGUCCGCUUCUAAAUUUUUGUCCGAAUUGACCGACAUAAAGCUGUAUAUAAUCCAGAAGUGGUUUUUAGCCUCCAUACCAAAUUUCAGAUGAAAAUAACAACUUUUAAAAACGGUAUGGGUCCCCCAGUGCCAUUUUGGUUGCACUUUGCAAACUUUUAACUUCAUAUUAUUUCAUGAGAAGCCAUUAAGUAUCACCGUAUUGAAUUUCAUCUUUUUAAACCACUUUCUAAAAAUCGGUAUGGGUU